AUGAAGGGUUCCUUGUUUUCCAGCAGAUCUCCUUCUCCAUCUCAUCCUUUGCACACCCACAAACACGCCUCCCCUUCUUCCACGCCGCCACACCACCGCCACACCUUCUCCGAAACUAUGACGGAGGAGAGCCUCGACGAUGCCGAGUCCAUCGUCAGAAAUUGGGAUUUGGAUGCCCACAAAAACGCAAAAUUCUCACCUCUGUUCGCUGCCAACGGCGACAGAAGAGAGGCGCACAGAUUUGUGGAGGCGGUGGCCAGUUUGCAGGCCGCUAUGCACUAUUACGUUAAGAUCCACUCCGGCCCGGAAAACCUCGUCCGGGCUCAGAACCUCAUGAGGAUCGCUAUCAAGAGACUCGAGAAGGAGUUCUAUGUAAUUUUAUCCUCUAAUCGGAAAAAUCUCGACUCCGAGUCGGUUUCUAGCCGCUCCUCUAGGGGUUCGGUCAGAUCCAGCGUUUCCGAUUAUUAUGAAGAUGAAAUUUCAGAAGAGGAGAGAAGCACGACGCCGCCCCGUACGCCGCCUCGGACUCCACCUCCUGUAUCUGAAGCCGAGAAAGCUUCGGAUAUGGCCAUGGUGGAUCUGAAGACCAUCGCCGACUGUAUGAUUGCAGCAGGAUACGGGAAGGAGUGCGUCCGCGUUUACAAACUCAUCAGGAAAUCGAUUGUCGACGAGACUCUCUACAGUUUGGGAGUCGAGAAGCUGACCCACUCUAAGAUGCAGAAAAUGGAUUGGAACGUUCUGGAAGCCAAAAUCAAGGCGUGGCUUCACACGGUCACCGUGGCCGUGAAAACUCUCUUCCACGGGGAGAGGAUUCUGUGCGACGUCGUUUUCUCCUCUUCGGAGAGGAUCGCGGAGUCGUGUUUCACCGAUAUCUCGCGGGACGCCGCCGUGAAUUUGUUCAGCUUCCCCGAGAAUUUCGGGAAGAGCAGGAAGAUCCUCUCGCCGGAGAAGAUGUUCCGCGCGCUCGACAUGUAUGAGGCGAUCUCCGAGCUCUGGCCGGAGAUCGAGUCGGUGUUCUCGCACGAGUCCCUGUCGGCAGUGAGAUCGGAGGCGAUGGCGGCUCAGGGGAAGCUCGCCGAGGCUGUGAGGGUUAUGCUCGCCCAGUUCGAGGCGGCCAUUCAGAAGGACUCCUCAAAGACGCCGUCCGGCGGCGGGGUCCACCCGCUCACGCGCUACGUGAUGAACUUCCUCGUCUUCAUCGCGGACUACAGCGGCGCGGUCACAGACAUAGUGGCGGAAUCGCCGCCCGACGCUCGCAGCCCGCUGCCGGCGUCUUACUUCACCAGCCCCACCGCGGGAGGCGGCGAGGACCCGUCUGCGGAGGCCAUCACCACGCGAUUGGCGUGGCUGAUUCUCGUCCUCUUGUGCAAGCUGGACGCCAAGGCGGUGCUGUACAACGACGUGGCCCUCUCCUACUUGUUUCUGGCGAACAACUUAAACUACGUCGUUUUGAAGGUCCGGAAUUCCAAUCUGGGGAUCCUGAUGGGGCUGGACUGGAUCUGGAACAACCGGUCGAAGGUGAACCGGUACUUUGCCAACUACGAGAGGAUGGGGUGGAGUGAUGUGAUCUCCUCGCUGCCGGAGGAUCCAACGGCGGAGAUUGCUCCGGAGGAAGUGGGUAACCGCUUCAGAAAAUUCAAUCAGGGGUUCGAGGAGGCAUACAAGAAGCAGGCGGCGUGGGUCAUACCCGACCCGAAAGCAAGGGACGAGGUGAAAAUAUCUUUAUCCAAAAAGAUCAUCCUACCUUAUCGGGCCUUUUACCAGAAGCAUCGGGGCGACUACAGUAGGGGAGUUGGGGGGGAGUCAAUUGUCAGGUAUGCCCCUGAGGAUUUGGAUAAUUACUUGUCGGACUUGUUUUUUGCGACUGCUUCUGGAGGCAGCACUACGACGUCGUAUGGCACACAUCACGGCACAUCGCGCGGUCGUUCUCCCUCCACUUGA